CACUCGUUGCUUCUAUCGCGUUCUGACACGAGUGAUCAAACAUGCCUCCUAUCGUCUCUAUUCCCGCCGGUCGAUCGCUCAGACGGCAUCAACAUGACAAAUGGGUCGAUGCGUCUCCUGACAAGGGAUUGAUUGAGAUGUAUGUUGAAGACGACCUGAUGCACUUUGCGUGGAAGAACAGACAGAAUGGGCUGACUGAGAAUGACCUCAUCAUCUUUCCUGGCGAAGCGACCUUUGAAAAGGUCCCUCAAGACCCUUCUGGACGAACAUGCAUCCUCAAGUUCUCCAGUUCAGACCAGAAAUACUUUUUCUGGUUCCAACGAAGAUCGACUGAGAGCGAUGUUCGGGACGAAGUGGACAUCAACGAGCUCCUCCAAGACCCUUCUUACCAACCCGGCAGCGCACCUUUGCCUGACCGCCCGACAACUUCCGCUCCAGCUCAAGAAGAGCGAAGCCAUCCUCCUACGCCAGGUGCACCGAGGUUGUCGAAUCGGGAACCUGGGCCUCCUAUCCCAUCUUCUCAGCCUGUAGCUCAGGCGAGCGGGUCGUCAGCUCCGGCGUCUGCAUCUGGAGCAACAGCUACGAACGAGGAGAUGGCGAGGCUCUUAGUCGAAUGGGCUCAGAAUGGGGGUCUAGGGGAGGCUCAAGAAGACGCUCGCUUGACAGACGUGUUGAGCCCCGCCAACAUUUCGUCGCUCUUGUCUUCCAAUCCCCGCCUGGCGACGACCCUUGCGCCUCUGUUGCCGUCUGGUCUCAAUCUCCCCUCGGAACCGAAAGCAUCAGAUUUGACUCCCAUCCUCACUGCCCCUCAGUUCACCGACGCUAUCGCGAGUCUCGACAAUGCCCUGCGCAGUGGCGGACUACCAGGAGGAAUGAUGCGUGAUCUUGGUCUUCCCGAAUCUGCUGGUCAAGGUGUCAGGCAGUUCCUGGAUGCGCUCAGAGGACUGGAGCGGAAGGAGGGAGAGGAUGAUCGAAUGCAGGAAGACUGACAUGGCAUGCGUGCUUCUUGCAGCAAAGGAAGGUA